UUCUACUGCAUUUCAGCCCUGCCACAAAAGGACCAACUGGCAUCAUGUUAGUGACUCUCUGGUUAACAUAGGUGAGAAUGUUGACAAGGACACAGGCUGGAGAUGACUCUGUCAUGCUGAUUGAGUUAGAUUAACAGGCUGGAAGCUUUAAAAGAGGAGGGUGGUGCUUGGUAUUGUUGUUCUUCUUCUGUGAAACAUGGUUACCUGCGAGGAAACACGUGCAGUCAUCAUUGUUUUGCACAAAAAGGGCUUUACAGGCAAGGAUGUUGCUGCUAGUAACAUUGCGCCUCAAUCAACCAUUUAUCAGAUCAUCAAGAAGGAUCACUUGUUGUGAAGAAGGCUUCACGGUGCCCAAGAAAGUCAAGCAAGUGACUGGACUGUCUCCGAGAGUUGGUUUAGCUGCGGGUUCAAGGCACCACCAGUACAGCGUUUGCUCAGGAACGGUAGCAGGCAGGUGUGAGUGCAUCUGCACGCACAGUGAGGCAAAGACUUUUGGAAAAUGGCCUGUCAUCAAGAAGGGCGCAUAGAAGCCGCUUCUCUUCAGAAAAAACAUCAGGGACAGAAUGGUAUUUUGCAAAAGAUACAGGUAUUGGACUCCUGAAGACGGGGUCCAGUCAUUUUUUGUGAUGAAUCGUCUUUCCGAUUGUUUGGGGCAUCCAGAAAAAAUCUUGUCCGGAGAAGAAAAGGUGAUGACCUGGAUGGUGCCAUGUGAAUGAGUGAAGACCAUGAAGCACACACACAAGCUGCUGUUCGUCCUGUGCCCCAUGCUGGUCCUAGGCUUUAUUUACUACUCCUCUGGGAAGCUACAUCUACACGUAUGGGGCCAGAAGUCACAGCUUGAUGCUGAUGUGGCAGCAAUAGUCCUGACUAAAGGGACUGAAGUGAAAAGAAUUGCAGAGCUGGAAACGGAAACCUCCGUGGGACGAAUAGUAGGCUCAGUGUUUGAUAAUCAGGGCUUUUUGCUACAGCUAGACACAAAAUUGCCACCAGAGUUGGCAUACAAGUACGGCAAUCUCAGUGAAGGAACAUGCAAGCCAGGAUAUGCAGCGGCGAAGAUGACAACCAUCUAUCCAAAGUUCAUGAAAGCAGCACCCAUGUUUCUUGACCCGGACUUCAAACGACUGGGAAAAGUCAGCAGUUAUUUGCCUCCGUUUGGAUUCAAAACGCAAGAGAGAAUCAUAGACAGCAUUUUAACCACCACCAAAAAUUUUGGACUUGGAGAUGAGCUGGACAGUCUCAGCUGUAAAAAAUGUAUUAUUGUGGGCAAUGGAGGCAUCCUCUCCGAAAAGUCGCUGGGUUCCCGUAUAGAUGACUAUGAUGUUGUGGUCAGGUUGAAUGAAGCCCCGGUGGCUGGUUACAGCAAGGACGUAGGGACCAAAACUACAAUGAGAAUUACCUAUCCAGAGGGAGCUAUUCAGAAGCCUGAACAUUAUGAAAAGGACUCGCUUUUUGUUUUUUCUGCUUUCAAACCACUGGACUUCAAGUGGCUUCGACAGAUGGUCUUCAAGGAGAGACUGCGAGGAACAGAGGGUUUUUGGAAGUCUGUGGCUCAGCAUGUGCCUCGUGAGCCCAGCGAGAUGAGAAUCCUGAACCCCUACUUCAUCCAGGAGGCUGCCUUCCAGUUCAUCGGCCUGCCGUUUAACAAUGGCAUAAUGGGAAGAGGGAACAUUCCAACAUUAGGCACGGUUGCCAUAACGAUGGCGCUGCAUAACUGUGAUGAGGUGGCCGUAGCCGGUUUUGGCUACGACAUGAGCAUGCCCCACGCCCCACUGCACUAUUACGAGACUGUCAAGAUGUCUGCUAUCAAAGAGUCUUGGACCCACAACAUAUCUAAGGAGAAAGAGUUCCUGCGCAAGCUGGUAAGGGCCAAUGUCAUCACAGACCUCACCAACGGUAUCUGAGUGCGCGGCACUCUGUUCUGCGGCCCCUCCCGAUGGACUACCGCACAGGAAGCCGGGAAAAGCAAGAAAGAAACCCAAGUGUCCAAGCGGCCUUCACACUGUGGGGUUUUUCCAUAUCAAAGGAGAUUACUUCAAAUCAAAUUAGUUUUGUGGUGAUGUGCGCACACACGUGCCUUCUGAACCAAAGACGCCGACUGAUGGCCGCAGUAGGCCACACGGGGGUGACUGGAUCCGCCCAUUUCCUGUCCGGCGCCCCGCAUUUGAACGUUUGAUCUCCGGUGUCACAUGAAUGACUUUGGAAGAGCAGACGCGUCAAGCUUGGGUGAAGCUGACUCGGUGCAGGGACGGAUCGAGUAUUAGCAGUGCCAAACGUACCUCGAACCAGGGAGAGGUGGCACUCCUCUCUCUCUUUUUUUUUUUUUUUUUUUUGCUGCCUGAAUGUAUUCACUUUCCUCAACGUAAAUAGCAGAUUUAGAUUUUUACUUUUUAAACAGCUGCUGCAGCAGCGCCCCCCCCCCCCCCUCGCCUCCCUUCGUUCACUUCUGUCCAUUUCCUCCCAAGCAGAGGCCAGCAGCAGCCACCGACCUGCUGCCUGCUUCAUUGUGUCGACGUUAGAUGUUGGUUGUCUCAAGUGGAUGACCGACAAAAGGAGGAUUUCAUUUUGAUGUGUUUUUGGCAACUUUUAAAUACAACUUUUAUUUGAUCUGAUUCUCCAAUCGGAGUGAAAACAAGAAGAGUAAAUUAUUUUACAAAAUGUUCUUGUGGGAUUUAUUCCUAAUAAUCUUCCAGCUCAUCAUCUCUGAUAGGUUUCACUUGGACACUGGAUCGAGUGGGUGCGUGUGCGUGUGUACUGUCCGCCUCGACAUGUGCGGGUCGGCACUGGACUGAAUGUCAGAACCUAUUCCGUCCUCCCGCUGCUGCAGAUCUCCCUGUGCUUCAGAAAUCAGUGACACUUUUUGAUUGUGGACUGUAAAUAUACAUAUAUAUACAUAUAUAUAUAUAUAUAUAUAUAUAU